AUGCUGUUGGUAUUUUUCUAUACUGCUCGAAAAACUGACAACAGGGUUUGUUUUCUAAAAAUUUUCCGAGAAAAAAAUGCGAUAUUUCACGUAAAUGGCUUCAAUAAUCUCCAUCACGAAAAAUUUCUCUUUAAGAAAAUCCAGAUAUACCGUUUAAUAACAUUAUGUAACUAAUUUUUUUAUGAAAAUUGUUUGAACCGCAUAUCGGAGUUAAUAAAGGAAAUUUUGUUGCUAACGCUAUAGCAAACUUAACUUGUGAAAUCAUUAUAUUGGUCAAAGCUGAACCAGAAAAAAAACAAAAGAAGUCCCUUAAUAGAAAAAAAUAAAAGUCAUUUUGUACAACCUGGUUGUGCGCCUUUAAAAUUCUUGGAGAGCAAAUUAUAAAAGGUUUCAGACAGAAAAAAAAGCUGAUGACGGAAAACAUUAAUAAAAAGCAAAGAGAAAUUACUUUACUUAGCUGUUGUUUUGACGAACGAACGUUCCUUCUAGUAUUGGUAUGAGUAGAUUUUCACACUUCUGUGGUAUUUCAACUUUUGAGCCGUUGAAUUAUAGCAGAUUCACGGUUGGCUUGAGCCACCGAGAAAAGGGUCCUGCCACGAAAAGAGACGAGACAGUGCCCUGGUUGGUGGAGAGGGCAGACAGGCCACGCCUUUUUGCGUUCCAAGCUAGCCGUGAAUUGUCUAUAUGAACUUGUCAAAACGCAACUGAAUGGACUGUGUGCAUAAUAAAAAGGACGAGCGGUUUUUUGAUUGAGUGAAUAUUUUUAUUCAAAGUUUUUUUUUACUUCGUUCAUUGAAGUAGCAGGCAUAUUUGCAGCAACCACACUAUCCGAUUCACCUGCACCUUGUCGUCGGAGGUUGGCUGAUUUUUGUUUCCACUCUCUUCAUAUGGUUCGGAUUCAUCCUCGUGAAACAUUCAAGCGACCUGGUUCAAAAGAAAAUUGCAGGAACUAAAUGGAUAUACAACUUUCUUUUUGAUGGUUAGUUAUUUUGAUUUCAGAGUUCAAAUGAAGAACCGAGUUUGAAAGAUUUAAAUUUUUUCAUAAUCAGCUUCUUGUAAACGUGUCAACAGUUUAAGUGGCAACUGGAGAACACCUACCUUCUUAUCAACUUGAAAAGAACUCCGAAAAACUUGACAAAAAAAUAAGUAUUGAAGAGGAACAAAAAUCAGUUAUAAAAAUUAAAUCUUUCUGAAUCCUGAAAAAAACAGCUGGUGUUCUUGGUUUUUAAAUUUUUUUCAAAAAUCAGAAGCGAAUAUUUUGUUUUUUUAUUUUUUUGCCAUUUUGAUUCUUUUUAAUGUCUAAAAUCAAAGUUUUCAAGCGUUGUCAACGACUUCCAUUUUUCAUCGCCUUGUCAUACUCGACAAUGGUGACUCUUCUCCUGCUGCUCAGUGCCAUUCAACGUUUAGUUCUUUUCGAAAAUGCCAUGUAUUAUAUGCAGCUGUUCACGGGGUAGUUUCAAAGUAAUCACAAAUAGUGAACAAAAAACUGUUAAGACGCCGGCUGAGAGGGAAUAUGUGGUUGUGCUGGUUUUUGUCGUUCAUAGUAACAUUCCAAAUAUACGACCGUCACUUUAUCAUUGUUUGUGUGAGUUUUGCUAAUUUGAUUACUAAUAAGUCGAUUCCCAGUCUGAAAUGGCUUUGAACACAUUUUCAAUGCUUGUAUUCCUCGUUGUGUCCAUCCGAGUCAAAUUCAUCCGCAAAAAGGUUUCGUUCCAUAGUCAUAACGUCGUCAUUCUUCAAACUUUUCCAGUUUUGCUCAUCCACUCGGUGAGUAUGAAUGAUUUAAUUUCAGAUGACAGCAAGUUUUAUUUAAAAGUUUGCAUUUAAUUUCGAAAUACCACCAGUAAAAGUGAAAAAAUAGAUCACUGAAAAAAAACUUUGUCAAAUCUCAUCGAGUCCAUUCAAAUAUUGUGUCAAAUUAUUUUUUUUCAUUCAGACACUGACAGUUUCGAUCGGAAAAAAGAGAAUGUGCGAUUUGAUGUAAAGAUGUUUUCAUUUUUCUCACUCACCCUAAUUUCAAGGCAGCUUUUUUUCAUUUGGAAUCAGUAGUUUAACCUUGACACAACUGGAAAUUUUAUUGUAAGCAAGCUAUCAAUUCAAUGCAAAAUAUUUUCAGAUUUUCAACGCGACCAUUUUGUUUUUAACGAUAAAAACUGAUUUCAAAGUGCCUAAACUUUUAUAUUUCGCCUUAUUGAAUGCAUGGAUUAUGGCUGUAGUGACUCCCAUAUUUUUGAUAUUGGGAAAUGCGGCAAAAAGAAGAAUCACAUACGCAAUAAUCACGUGUCGGUGGAGCGAACAAUACGGAAGAGGAGAGCUAUACGCUUCGGAAGCGCCGGCAACAUGCAACGCCGUCAGUCUGGCUAG